GGGUCAGAAAUUUAUGACUCCACCUACUGUCAGCUUUAAUGUACAGCGCUAGAAAACAUCACGUACCCUGCUGUAGACUAUAUUAUAUAAACAAUGAGUCGCGGAAGCUUACUCACUGCAGCUCGUAGGAGCUUGCGCUAUCGACUGGGAAGAUUGUACAACUCAUUUUACUACAGUCAAAGUAACAAUAAGUACGUCAUGCUAUUUGUGUUUCCAAGUGUAAUUUGGUACACUCGCUUCCGUGCUGACACCAAGUUAGGAUAUCGUCUUUAUAUUUCACCCACUGCUGGCGGGCCUGUUGAUUACAAGGAGAAGAUUGACAAGGAUUCCAUUACCAAGUCAUCCGACGAUUCGUCGGAGCAAUCGUCGUCACUGCUGCUUAACGUGUUGAACUACCUUGAUGACACUAUUAUGGGCAUUUGGAGCAGUAUCAAGGGUACUAAACCAUUGAUUGAAGGAUUCAAGAAUGGCAAGAAGGUAUACCUAAAUGAUUCUGCAACGGUACAGGAUCUCAAGAAUGCAGUAUACGGCAAGCUGGCGAUGGAAAACAAGGACGUGAUGGUUGGAUGCAAGGGCCGUAUCAUGCAAGAUGAAGAUAAUCUGGCACUUGCUACACGUGCCUUUUGUCGCCGUGACCCACGUAUUAUCCUUUGGAGGGAUGCUUAAUGGAGUCUGUGGUAUCCAACUGUAU